AUGGCGGCCCUUCCCGGCACCGUACCCAGGAUGAUGCGGCCGGCUCCCGGGCAGAACUACCCGCGCACCGGGUUCCCUCUGGAAGUGUCCACCCCGCUGGGCCAAGGCCGGGUCAAUCAGCUCGGUGGGGUCUUCAUCAAUGGGCGACCCCUGCCUAACCACAUCCGCCACAAGAUAGUGGAGAUGGCCCACCACGGCAUCCGGCCCUGCGUCAUCUCCCGCCAGCUGCGGGUCUCCCACGGCUGCGUCUCCAAGAUUCUCUGCCGCUACCAGGAGACCGGGUCCAUCCGGCCUGGGGCCAUCGGCGGCAGCAAGCCCAGACAGGUGGCGACUCCGGAUGUGGAGAAAAAGAUUGAGGAAUACAAGAGGGAAAACCCAGGCAUGUUCAGCUGGGAGAUCCGGGACCGGCUGUUGAAGGAUGGGCACUGUGACCGCAGCACCGUGCCUUCAGUGAGUUCGAUUAGCCGCGUGCUCAGAAUCAAGUUCGGGAAGAAAGAGGAGGAGGAGGAAGCGGACAAGAAAGAGGACGACGGCGAGAAGAAAGCCAAACACAGCAUCGACGGCAUCCUGGGCGACAAAGGGAACCGGCUGGACGAGGGCUCAGACGUGGAGUCGGAACCUGACCUGCCUCUGAAGCGCAAGCAGCGCCGCAGUCGGACCACGUUCACGGCCGAGCAGCUGGAGGAGCUGGAGAAGGCCUUCGAGCGGACGCACUACCCCGACAUCUACACCCGCGAGGAGCUGGCGCAGAGGACCAAGCUGACUGAGGCGCGUGUCCAGGUCUGGUUCAGCAACCGCCGAGCCCGUUGGCGUAAGCAGGCAGGAGCCAACCAGCUGGCAGCGUUCAACCACCUUCUGCCCGGGGGCUUCCCUCCCACCGGCAUGCCCACGCUGCCCCCCUACCAGCUGCCGGACUCCACCUACCCCACCACCACCAUUUCCCAAGAUGGGGGCAGCACCGUGCACCGGCCUCAGCCCCUCCCACCGUCCACCAUGCACCAGGGGGGGCUGGCUGCGGCCGCAGCCGCCGCGGACACCAGCUCUGCCUAUGGAGCCCGCCACGGCUUCUCCAGCUACUCCGACAGCUUCAUGAACCCUGCGGCGCCCUCCAACCACAUGAACCCUGUCAGCAACGGCCUGUCCCCUCAGGUAGCAGGCUCUCAGCUGUGCACAAGGUGGGCCGACACGGAUGGUCUCUCCCCACAGGUGAUGAGCAUUCUGAGCAACCCCAGCGCAGUGCCGCCGCAGCCGCAGGCCGACUUCUCCAUCUCCCCGCUGCACGGCGGCCUGGACUCGGCCCCCUCCAUCUCGGCCAGCUGCAGCCAGCGGGCGGACUCCAUCAAGCCGGGGGACAGCCUGCCCACCUCCCAGUCCUACUGCCCACCCACCUACAGUACCACCGGCUACAGCGUGGACCCCGUGGCUGGCUACCAGUACGGCCAGUACGGCCAGACUGCUGUUGAUUACCUGGCCAAAAACGUGAGCCUCUCCACACAGCGACGCAUGAAGCUUGGGGAGCACUCCGCGGUGCUGGGACUCCUGCCGGUGGAAACUGGCCAGGCCUACUAG